GUAAAAAUAACUAAAUAAAAUAACAACAAGGCUGUUCACGAAUUCAGUCAAUUCAACAAGGAGUGGAAUUCGCGCGAUGUCAAUAAUCCGAACACAUUUUCCCGAGUUAAUAUGAAACCAGUCAUUGUUUUUGCGCUGAAUGGAAAAACUCCGACGUCUCUGCGACGGCGCGAGCAGGAUGUUGACAGGUGAGGUCACGUGACGCCCGGACUCCGCUCCGCGAUGACGUCACCAGGGUUCGGUUUAAGAAGGCGAGUCGCAGAAGACAGCGGGUCAGUCUCCGCGGGGCGGCUGGUGUCGAGUCGGAGGCGUUGGUCCGUCGUCAUGGAGACGAGCUUGCGCCGCAGGUGGCGGGACAGGAGCUAAGUAAGUGUGGGCCGGCGCUGAAGUCGUCCGUCCCGGCGUCGGCGUGAACGCAGCCAUGGCUCUGACGCCGUCUCCGUUUCCCAACCGCGCCGCUGCCGGCCUCCACGCGGCGGGAUGGGCCUUGGUCUGGCCGUGCUUCUGGUCCCUCGACCGCGUCAUCGCCGUGUGCAAGUCGACCACUCUGGAGCGGCGGCAGCGCCGGGAGCAAGAGUGCUACCUCCGCCCCCUCAAGGUCUUCUUUGGCGUCCUCCUCUUUUUUCUUCUGUUUCUACUUUCGUUGCCGUUUGGCUUUCUCGGCUUCCUGCUGUGGGCGCCGCUUCAAGUCUGCCGCAGGCCCUUCCGGUACCUCGUGGAGGAGUCGCUUCCCGACCGCGAGACUCACCGCGGCUUUGAGUCGGAAGGGAAGGCCUCCUUUUGCUUUGCCACGGCGAACCUGUGUCUCCUGCCGGACGGCCUCGCUCGUUUCAACAACCUGGGAGACAGCCAGUCCCGGGCGGCGCGAAUCGGCCGGCUCAUCUUCCAGGGUGUGGGGAGACCCAACCUCCGGGUGUUCGUCCAGUCGCCCGGCAGCUGCGGCGCUCUGAGUCCGUCCGACAGCAUCCUCCCUGAAGCUAGUUCCACCUCAUACGGCGCCACCCGCAGCCAACCUGCAGCGAGGCGCCAUCCAGAACCAGGCUCGGCGGCCCUUGUCGAGUCCAACAGCCAUGUCGUGUGUGUUCCGUGUGACGACUCCGACGAUUCCUCCCGCUCCAACCAGGAGAAGAGAGGGGGCGCUCCUCGGGCUCCGCCGUCUCAGGGGCUGGCCGACGUUCCCUGGGAGGUCUCCACCAUGUUUCCCGCUAAUCUGGACGUCCUCUGUCUGGAGGAGGUGUUUGACACACGGGCGGCCAAGAAGCUGACGGACCGACUGAAGCCUGUUUUUGGACACAUACUCUAUGACGUAGGGGUGUAUGCCUGUCAGCCGCCGUGCAGCUGCUCCACCUUCAAGUUCUUCAACAGCGGCAUGCUUCUGGCCAGUCGCUUCCCGGUCCUGGAGGCCCAGUAUCACUUCUUCCCCAACAGCCGAGGGGAAGACGCGCUGGCUGCUAAAGGCCUCCUGUCCGCCAAGGUACCGUGGCACGGACGCCGCCGACGCCUGACGACGAGGCUAAAGUGUGUGUCGCUCCCUCAGCUGCUCAUCGGGAGGAAUCGCAAGGGGAAGGACGUCGUCGGCUACUUUAACUGCACGCAUCUUCACGCGCCAGAGGGUGAAGGAGAGAUCCGCUGUUUGCAGCUGAACAUGGUCACCAAGUGGAUCGGGGAUUUCCAGGCAGCAAACAAACUGCCGGACGAGGAUGUGGUUUUCGACGUGCUUUGUGGGGACUUCAACUUCGACAACUGCUCGCCAGAUGACCACCUGGAACAGAACCACGCCCUGUUUGAGGAGUACAGGGACCCGUGCAGGGCAGGACCGGGGAGGGAGAAACCGUGGGUGAUCGGCACGCUUCUGCGGCAGCCCACUCUGUACGACGAUGACGUCAACACGGCUGAAAACCUGCAGAGGACCCUGGUGCAAGAGGAGCUGAGGAAGCGCUACAUCUCGCCUCCGGUGCCGGCGGAGGGCCGGCCUUUGCUUUACCCCGAGGACGGUCAGCCCUGGGUCGGGAGACGGCUGGACUACAUCCUGUUCCGUGAGAACUCCAUUUCCGAUCGUUGCAGAACGGAGGUCGAAGAAGUGUCUUUCAUCACUCAGCUGGCCGCCCUGACCGACCACAUUCCUGUGGGCCUCAGAAUAAAGGUGUCCAUGGCUUGAGAUGACAAAGGCACCUGUUUAUAACUCAGGAAAGUGUCACGUUUACACCGGCGUUUGAGCUAGUGGCCCGCGAAUCUCAGGCUCACCUUGUUUUUGACUCGGUUUAACUCCUCCAUUUUACUCGUGUGUGGAAUCUUUUUUAAAGGAUGUUUUACAGAGAGUUUAUGACUCCAGUCUGCUCGAUUUUGAUCGAGUGAUUUCUCAUCCUUUUAUCAUUAAAAAUAUCAACGGAGAGUCUGCUUCUGUUUUGUCAUGUGAUUCUGUAUGUUUUCGACAGCUGUCACUGCCCUAUUUGCUUCUUCAUCCCGUUUUGCUUCCAGGGCUCCGGCUUGUGACGUCAUUUCCUGUCCGCAUGUGCACAUGGAUGUGCAGCUGCUUGACUCAUAAAUUAGAAUAAAAUAGCAGCAAGCAAGUCAUUAGGCCACGCCUCACUACACAUUUGAAUGACUUAAGUACUACGCCGACGUAUUAACUGUAUUUUAACCUUAUUUUAUAUAUAUAUAUCACUACAUUUCAGAAUCAAAUUUAUUGCCAUGGUCAGUGGGGAGCCCACUGACUAGGAAAGUGUUUUGGAAUAAAGUGCAACAAACAACAAAUAAAAUAAAUAGAAUAAAAUAACAACAAGGCUGUUCAGGAAUUCAACAGUCUGAGGGCCGAGGGGAAGAAGCUGUUCCUGUGACGGGAGGUUGUGGUCUGGAUGGACCGUAGCCUCCUGCCAGAGGGAAGAGGAACAAACAGUCCAUGUCCAGGGUGAGAAGGGGCGAAGGCUCUGAUCCCACCUGCACGUCUCUGGCUCCUGGAGACAUACAGGUCCUGAAGAGGUGGCAGGCUGCAACCCAUCACCUUCUCAGCAGAACGUACGCUGCGCUGCAGUCUGCUCUUGUAUUAUUAUUAUUAUAUUAUUAUUAUUCAACAAUUUGGAUAUUUUAACAAGAUUUCAGAUGAAGUAAUUGGAUCUUUCUGUGCAAUUUGCAUGCAGUUUUCUAUCUUGCCUACGAGGUCUCAGUUAAUAUGAGUAUAUACUCAGUAAAUUACGUCUUGAAAUACCAAUGUGCGCAUGUGGACAGGAAAUGGCGUCAUAAAACUGAGCCCUGGAAGCAAAAC